CGACCUUUCCACCCACGACGCCGGCACUAGAGACCAUUCUAGCCGCCAUAUCUUCCUCUCCCCAAGCCUUCUUCAACUUUGUGCCAUCUGACGAUCACUAUGAACUAUAUCACCAAAUACUUAUAUGGUUACUGAAGAAUGAUGCCUUGAUCAUGCUUCAUGUCCGCUUUCGACUCGUAGCAACUUCUGAAAUUAAGCAACAAGUAUACAACGAGGCACAGGCGAGAUUCAAGGGAUCCGGUGAAGAGAGAGGGAGGAAGAGAAAACCUUCUGGGCUCGGUGGACGCGAAAGAAGGGAUUCCGAUGCAAGGCUACUUGAAAAUGGCAAAAAGGAAGAUGACACUGUCCGGCAGUCCUCGCCCACGCGCGAUCAAUUGCAACCAAUUGAGGAUCGAGACGAAGAUGGCCCAGAAUUCGAUAUUCCAGAAGACUUUGAGGAAUCGUUUAUCAUGGACCCUGGGAAGGCGACUCGCCUGGAGCAGCUCUGGAUCGAUGCCAUUGCAAGGAAACGGCCAGAUCUCGAAGAACGGUUUCUGAGAGUUUGUGAGUACUUUGAUGGUCGCACGACCUUCGACGAGAUCCAGUAUCGCUCGCAGAUGAAGAGAAGCCAGUUUCGACAAGUUGCGUCGGAGUAUGAUGAUUGGGGCAACGGUCUGAUUGCGACUGGGGCUCGACCAGGCCCAAGGCCUAGUGAUGGCAG